CGGAUAUGCUCAAAAUAUUCAUCAAGAAAGGAGGGAGCAGGCAACUGACAGCCAGUUGAGAGAGGCAAUGUCUAUGCAGUAGUAACAACCUGCAAACAGGACAUGCUAGAAUAAGAGACCUUCAAGCAAACUGACCUGAAACAACACUUUUCACAGACAGCUGCAAAGCUUAAAAAUGCCACUUUUUGGCUGGAUGAAAUGGUCAAAAACCGAUUCCUACAAGCCCACAAGAUGUCCUGGAUCAGAAGUUGUUACAAAAACCCUGCUGAGGGAGCUGAAAUGGCACCUGAAAGAGCGUGAAAGAUUCGUGCAAGAGAUCGAAAACGAACAAAAAGUCCAGAAGACUGGCAUGGAUUACAACUGGCUCAAGAACUACCAGAACCCUCAAGCAACAAUUCCAGCUACUGAGCAACGGCAACUCGAAGUUCUGUGUUCACAAAUCCAGCCUUGCCAAACAGGAACUGUUCUCAGCAGAUUUCGUGAAGUUUUGGCAGAAAAUGAUGUCUUACCCUGGGAAAUAGUCUACAUAUUCAAGCAAGUUUUAAAAGAUUUUCUCACCACUACUGAGAGAGAAAACCAACCAGAGCAGCUGGCAGAUGCAUGGAAUACAAACUGUCCUGAACAUUUCAGUCCGCGUGGCGACAGCUCUAACAAGUCGGACAAGGAUGAAAUCCCCACUGUUUCAAGUUAUGUUGACAAAAACACACACAGCAUGUUUCCCACCUUCUCUCAUAGAAUCUGGAAUCUACCCUAUUACUACCCAUCAAGUUAA